ACAAACACGAGUGACGGUUUCACUUGAACUGAAAAUCACCUGAACUCUUAAAGAAAGCAAAUUUGUUUUAGCUAAGCGACUUAUUAAGUAGAGGAUUUGAAGAACAAUGUCACCUGUUGUUCAUUUUGGACUGCUUAUUGCAUGCUCAGUUCUUGUUGGGUGUAGCAGCAUUAACAAGAAACAAUGGAAGAGCAUGCUGGAAAGAAAUGAGCUAAACCUUCUCGAAGAAGUCGAAAUGAGUCAUGAAUUGAACACUGAGAAGUCUGACAUGAACACCAUUAUGUGCUGGGUUUGCAAGACAUCAAUUCAUGAGAUCAAGGGUGUGGUUCUCCAUGGGGUUAAAAAGGAAAUAAAGGCACUGUGCAAAGCAAUGAAAAUUCUUGAAAACAUCUGUGAGCACACUGCAUAUAAAUACCAAUUACUGGUAGUUCAUUUACUGUUUCCUGGUAAUAGCAAACAAACCUGUCACCAUUUGAGCAUGUGUAAAUAAAUUGUAUUGCUAUGUCAUGAAGAAUCAAAUUAUUUUCCAAAUAUUUCAAUAAAUCAGUCUGUGUUUGAUGUUGUUGUUUUUCCCCCAAUGCAGGCAAUGCAGUUUUACUUUUCUAGAAUAUUGUGUGUAUUGUACGCUGUCUAAAACAUUAUAAGCUAAAUCUAAUAACCAACAAAAAUGCAAUAAAUUUGUUUAUUUGAUAGUAAUUUACUGCCUCUCCUGCAUAUUUUGUUCACUUAUUCACUAACCAUGAUACUAGAUUUUAUUUGCAUUUGCUGAAAACCUUUUAAUAAACAAAACAGUAAGGUUUUUAAUAGGAAAUAUCUUCCCAGAUAUUCCCAGUUUGUUUUUGUUUUUUAUAUAUUCUGACCUCUGAUUGAAGAAUACUUGGCCAUGUGACUGCUGACACAAUUCCCGCGUUGGGAAGGGAGAGGAAGUGCACGUGCGCUAUCGCGCCACGUCCAGUUUGAAAUAUUUUUUAUUUCAUUUUAAUUCACUUUUACAUUAUCAUUAAUGUUACAGACAUCCGCUAAACUGCAAUCUUACCUUCUCCAGUAACUUAGUUGCUUUAAACACAUCCCUGAGAGCGCGUGAAACCAUGCGCGUGUCGUAAUUACUGUGCCGCGGUUUUUAAACUGAGCUGGCACUUCUGUAAUAUCAGCUGAUUUAAUCGCUGAAACAUGAUGAAACUGAGCCGACCAUGGGCAGAAACAGCCCCGUCUGGACCUGCUCACAGCCUGCAGAUCCGGCGCGGCCCGCGGAGAACCAGGCCGACCCCAGCGGCUCGGAACCAGGCUGACUCCGCUCAGCAGCCUCGCAGGAAGACGCCCGGGCCGAGCCUGCUGAUCCAGAGGCAGGAGAUGGCCGCCUUCCUCAGACUGUUCGAUGAUGAUCUCAUACAGGACUUUCUGUGGAUGGACUGCUGCUGUAAACUUACAGACAAGUAUUUGUUGGCUAUGACAUUUGUGUACUUCAGGAGGGCACGCUUCAGUAUCACUGAACACAGUAGAAUGAACUUCUUCCUUGCCCUCUAUCUGGCAAACACUAUGGAAGAGGAUGAGGAGGAAACCAAAUAUGAGAUCUUCCCCUGGGCUUUGGGAAAGAGUUGGAGGAAACAUUUCCCACGAUUCCUAACAGAAAGAGACCAGCUGUGGGCACGCAUAGAGUACAGAGCGGCUGUCAGCAGACAAUGCUGCGAGGAGGUAAUGGCUAUUGUGCCAACUCACUUCAUCUGGCAGCGUGAGCGUGCAGAACAUCACAGUGGAGCUCAGAGACUGUACCAUAACCGUGAGGAGAUCCUCAUUCCCCGCGGGCCCUCUGCUUCGCCAGAGCCUUGCUUUCUCUGUGCCAAAACCUCUGCUCUUCGUGUACCUCGUCCAUCCUCUACUGGAGUCCGCUCUUACCCUGUGCCACUGAAGGGCACUGCACACAAGGGCCAAGAUUCACAUGGGCCUAGUAAGAAUACCAAAGCUCAGCACACCUGUAAUUACAAGACUAAAUCAGGCACGCUUGCAGGAAGUGAUGCAUGUCAAGAUCAUUCAAUGGACUGGAUCAGUGAGGAGUAGCUUUAUUGCAUAACAGCAAACCGAUCAUAUGCUUGUUGACCAUAUCAGAGGCAUUUCAGCUGUCUGAGAGCCACAAAAGAAUUUCAGUCUCUAAACUAACCUGAGAAAUGUAUAGCUUUAUUGUGAAUAGGGUGAUAAGUCAUGUACAUUGUUCAUAUAAGAUGUAAGAAUAUGUCAGAAAAUAUUGUGUGACGGUUUGUACAUGUAUUUUACUGUAUCAUAAUCCUCAUCAUUAUUUAUUUCUAAUUGUUGUGCAAAGUACUUUGCUAUUUCUGUAGUGUGCACUUGUGACUCUCUUAUGUCUUAGACAUAAUUGUGAAUGAAAUGUUUAGGAGUUAAACAUUGCAGGAUUAAGUCUUGUCUUAAAUAAGUAUAACGUGGCUGAUAUAAAUAUGAAUAAACUCCUAUGAAAUUUA